GAGAGUGAGCGCGGCCUCGUCCUCCUCGCGCGUGCUCGCGGCGGGGCUCGCGCGGGGCCCCACCUCUUCGCUCGCGAUCGCUCCUCUCCGCCUGGGCGAUCCGGCCGCGGGGAGACUGCCAGCCAGCGAGACCCCGCCCACAGUGUCGCCCGCCUCGCCCAGCGGCGGGUCCACGCGUGUCCGUGCAGCGGUGUGGGCGGACAGGCUGCUGCAGCGGCCGCGACCAGCCCGCUCCGCCGGCCCUCCAGCCCCAGCGGGUCGGCAGGUGCGAUUCCUGGUGGCGGUCUGCGCCAGCCCCAGCUGCCCCAAAGACCGGAUUUACUCCGGGGAGGAAACUUCCUGCCCCACGUCGGCGGCACAGUAGUGACCAGCUCUGGCAUGUGCACGUGAUGAUGGACAGCAAGGACCUAGAAGCCGAAAUCCACCCCUUGAAGAAUGAAGACAAGAAACUGCAGGAGAAUCUGGGAAACCAAGCGAAAACGGAGGAUAGCUUGAAAGGCUCACCUUGGCAGCCCCACCUCUCCCGAUGCCGCACAGUGGCGUUUUUUCUUUCACUGUUUGUCUGCCUUUUUGUAGUGUUCGUGGUUUCCUUCAUCAUCCCAUGUCCGGACCGGCCUGCAUCCCAGGGGGUGUGGAGGAUCGACUACAAUGCAGCAGUCACCUAUGACUUUCUGGCUACAGAAGACAUAAACAGGGACAGGAUCCAAGAUGUUCUCUUUCUUUAUAAAAAUACCAAUGGCAGCAACAAUUUCAACCUAUCCUGCACCGAUGAAGGCUUUUCCUCCCCCUGUACCUUUGUGGCCGCCGUGUCCGGGGCCAACGGCAGCGUGCUCUGGGAGAGGCCUGCAGCCCAGGACGGGGCCCUCGUGCAGUGCCCCGUCCCACAGCUGCAGGGCGGCAGGUCGACCUCUGCCUGCGUCCUCGUGGGCAGACCUGGUUCCUUCGUCGCUGUGGACUUGUUCACAGGCGAAACCCUGUGGAGCCACCCCAGCAGCUUUGGAAGGAAUGCUUCCAUCCUGAGCUCUUUACUCCAGCUGCCUGACGUCGAUGCUGACGGGGCCCCAGACCUGCUGGUUCUCACCCAGGAGGAGAAGGAGGUUGGCGGCUACCUCUACUCCGGCAGCACUGGACAGCAGAUUGGCCGCCGCGGCAGCCUUGGUGUGGGCGGGACCACGGGCUCCCUCCUGCAUGUCUCCCCGGCGGGUGCCCACUACAUCCUUUUCCCUUGUGCAGCGAGCUCCCUCUGUGGUUGCUCUGUGAAGGGUCUCCACGAGAAGGUGACUGGGAACGGGAGUCCACUGAGGAGCGACCCGCACUGGGAGGGCGUGCUGAACGCCACCACCCCCAGGCUGCUGUGGCACAGCCCGGGAGCCAUCCGCUACCUGAUGAAUGUUCCAGGGAAGGCUGGUGAGGACCUCCUCCUCGUGAGUUCAGAGGCCUGUGUGCUGGUUGAUGGGCAGGACCUGGCACCCAGGUGGACCUUCAGCGCAGCCCAGGUCUUGAGAAAACCCAUCCUCGGCCACUACAGACCUGACACCUUGGCUGUAGUCAUUGAAAACGGAACCGGCAUUGACAGACAGAUCCUGUUCCUGGACCUCAGCACCGGGGCUGUCCUGUGGAAACAGGCUCUCCCGGGCCUCUCCGGGGAUCCGCAGUCUGCCAGCCUGCCAACCGCGGACCACCGCUCAGCCUUCUUUUUCUGGGGCCUCCACGAGCUGAUGGGCACCAACCAGACAGUAUGGGCAGGGCAUGGACUAAGGGGACACACCCGGGCCAGGGCCAGAGACCAGAGGCCAGCCUUGGGUCCUGCCUCGAGGCAGCUGGGAGCUAACUGGGUGACUGGGUGUGCACACAUAAAUGGAAGCCAUGAGACUGUGGGUGGGAUGAGGUACCCUGGACCACACUCGAGGCUGGGGCUGAGGUCUGCCUCGGGGCAGAGGAUGGGGAUCUGGGGGAAGGAGCCCAGAGACGCCCAGCACACCCUGUACGUAUUCCAUCCCAGCCUGCCUGGCGUCCUGCUGGAGCUGGCCAACUUCUCUGCCAACAUUGUUGCCUUCCAAGCGGUCCUGUUCGAGCCAAGCCGCCAUGCUGCCUGCGUCCUCCUGAUGGGCCCGGCUAGCCCAGACGCGCCUGGCAUGGUCUCCGUGGCCAAGCACAAGGUGCGGGACCUUGUCCCGAGCAGUAGGGUGGUUCGCCUGGCCGAGGGCGGGCCCGACAGCGACCAGGCUGUCCGGGACCGCUUCUCCCGCCUGCGGUACCGGAGUGAGGCCUAAGAGGCCUGGCGGGCAGCGCAUGUGGGAGAGGAUCCAGCUGCUGGGGUUGAAUGCCGUGGGAAGUCAGUCUUUCACUCGGUUUGCACUGACUCCCCUACUCCCGAUCCUGGGGUUCCUGUCCUAUGCAGGGACGCGUGGGGGUGAGGGCAUGCCCAGGCCUCUCCCCUCCUGCACAGCACGUCCCCACAGGUCCUCACUCUGCCCCACUGGGGUCACACUCCAGGCCACCUGCCUUCGUCCGCACCGGCGGGAGGGACCGUGGCUCUGGGAAGAGAGCCCCAUCCUGAGAAGUCCCCUCCCUCGUUCCUGUCUGCACACCCCCUGGGGCCUGGGAGCGCGGUUGGCCUGGUGGGGGGGGCUCAGGGCAGCAGCUGGGCGCUUGAGGCAGUUCCAGCCUCUGGCCUGGUUAGUGGAAACUUGCCCAGGGGUUCCCCUCUGACGGGCGCAUGAGGAAUAGGGCUGCCGUGCGCUGUGAGGCCGUCCUGCUGCUCAUGGAUGCCCCAGGGGCGUUUCCGUCCCUGUGCUGGCCACGUGUGCUGUGAACGUCCUGAGGACCUGGCCAGAGGGCACACGUCGCGGUCAGUUUGCACCCCCUCAGUACACACUGGAGCUGCUUAUCCCUCAGGGGUCCCCACACCCCUGGCCGGUGCCUGGCCCCCUCCUGGUGCUCGGACGCCCCCAGCAGUUGGUGUCACCUAAUGCGGGACUCACCUUUGUGCCUUGCUGUGGUGCUCCUUGUGGCUCACUGUGCCCUGACGACCCCGGGUCCCGCAGGAAGAAACCAGAAUAAAUGGUUUGCACUGUCUGAAA